CAUUUUUUAGAUACUUUUGUUUUCAUAGCCUUUUACCACUUCUCCCAAACAAUUAAGACUUUUUAACUUUUAAUGCAUAUUACCCAUUUGGUAAACAAUGUCUGAUAAUGAACAAAACAACAAAAAAUUGUUUUGGAGCCACAAGAUGAUUGAGCUGUUUAUAGCACUUUACAAGGAGAACUCAUGCCUGUACGACACGACCCAAGAAAAUUACAGUAAUUAUGCUGUAAAACUGCAUGCCUUAAAAAACAUCUCCCAAAGGAUGCAAGAAUUUCUACCCAAUUUGGAAAUGAAGGAUGUUCAAAAUAAAAUAAAAGAAAUUCGUCGUCAACUUUCUGAAGAAAUGUCUCUUGUAGAUGCAGCUGAAGUUUCGGGCAAUAAGUAUGUGCCAAAAUUAUGGUGUUUUGAUCAAUUGGAAUUUCUACGCAAACAUAUUACAAGUUCUACGAUGGAUAAAAAUUCGGAGGACGACAAUCUGAUUGAGGAAUAUAUUCAUAAUGAUGCUCAGAGUGAAGAUUCCGAUGAUUCGCAGUACAGAGAUAUGGAAAAACCAAGAACUAAACGUAUAUAUUGUAAAAAAUUUAAGUGGAGACGAGAAAAUCUGAAGUAUUUUAUUAAAAUACUUAAUAGAUAUAAAAUUUUGUAUGACCCCAGCCACGAAGACUAUUUAAAUCGCCAGUCGAGGUGUAUUGCAUAUAGAAAACUGUUAAAAGAAACGAGAAGGGUGGAACCCAAAAUUAAUUUAGAUGAUAUACGUGAUAAAAUGAGAUGUCUGCGUAAACAAUAUACGAAAGAAGUGCGUUGUAUACUAAAAGCUAAAGAAAAUAAUGAAACAUAUAAACCAACAUUGUGGUGUUUUGGAUGGUUGCUUAAUUUAUAUCAUGACGAAUUCGGAAUAAGAUCCUACAGUAAGCUGAUAAUUGAUGAUACGACUGAAGACAAUAGUUUCACUACAACACAUCUAUCUGAUGCAACAAUUAACAACGACAACACAAAUAAUAAUUCAUUAUUUGAAUUUGAACAAAUUCAUCAAGUUGUUGAUGAAAAUGAAAUGGAGUUUUACGAAGAAUCAGUAAGUUUACCAAAUAUGACAACAAUGGCAGAAAAUAGUAAAAAAACAAUUAAUAAUAGUCAAGAUGUAAACUAUGAAUGGCUGGGCGAUUUAGUUGUAUCGCAACUGGGAGAUGUAGCACGAAAAUAUCACACCGACUUCGUUUGGGAUGUGCAAUGUUUAAUACGUAAAUAUAUUUUGAAAAGCAAGGCAGAUAAUCAAAUAAUAGCAUCAACUCCAUCAGCACCAUCAUCUGAUGAAAAUAAUCACCACAAAACAACUGUACCUAACGAUAUUGAUUCAUCGCGAAAUUCCAAUGUUUCAUUUAAUAUAAGUUUUCUCUGUGCUGCCGAUGGCACCUUGUGCGUUUUACCACGGAGUGUUUAUGCUGUGACGGUGUAUGCUGCUUGUAAAAGUGAAGUGUUGAAUUUUUUAACAAUAAUUUGGACUUUUAUUAAACAAAACGAAUGCAAAAUGGAAAAUGAAGUAAAAAACAAUAAACAAUUGAUUUGGAAUCGCAAGAUGAUUGAAAUGCUAAUAAAACUGUAUCAAGAAAAUGAAUGCCUGUACGACAUGAGCCACCAGAAUUACAAUAACCAAACUGUGAAAACGCACGCAUUAAAAAAUAUCACACAAAAAAUGCAACAAUUUUUACCGAAUUUAAAAUUAAUGGAUGUUCAGGAUAAAAUUAAAGUUAUUCGUAAUCAAUUGUCUGCAGAAAUUUCGCUUAUCGAUGCGGCAGAAGCUACAGGGAACAAGUAUGCAUCCAGUCUGUGGUGUCUUGAUCAACUUGAAUUUUUACGCAAACACAUAAUAAAUUCGGCGGUAGAUAGUGAUUCAAAGGAGGAACAUAUUUUUGCCGACGAUGUUCAAAAUUACGAUGAUGAUUCUCAAAAUGAAGAUUCCGAUGUUUCCCUAUACACAGAACGUAAUAAAUCAAAACGUAAAACUGUAAAUUCCAGAAAAUUUAAGUGGCAGCGACAAAAUGUUAAGGUGUUUAUUAGACUUCUGGAAAGAUGUAAAAUUUUGUUUGAUCCCAAUCACAAAGACUAUGUAAAUCAACAAUUAAGGUAUGUUGCAUAUAGUAAACUGCUGAAAGCAACAAGAAAACUUCAUCCGGAAGUAACUUUAAAAGAUAUUCGUGGCAAAAUCAGAUGUCUGCGUAAUCAAUAUUUAAAAGAAAUGCAUGGCAUAAAAGGAGCAAAGGAAAGAAAUGAAGAAUAUAUCCCAAAAUUGUGGUGUUUCGAUAUGUUAGCUAAUUUAUAUAAGGACAUAAGCGAUAAAAAAUCCAAUUCUAAACGGAAUAAUGAAGAUGCGACUAAUACAAGCCAAUUAUCGGAAGAAUCAAUUAAUAUUGACAACGCAUCUACUACUGAAUUAUUUGAAUUUGAAGAAAUUGAUCAAGUGAUUGUUGAAAAUGAAGUGGAUUAUGAUAAAGAAUCCAUAACAAUGGACAUUACUCAAAAUAAUGAAAAUCUACAAACAACUGUGGACUAUGAAUGUGUAAAUUCUUUUGAGUUUGAAUUGGAAGAUUUACCGCCUCCUAAAAAAACGUGUCAUAUUAAAGAAUACUGUGAUAGUGAAACGGAUUUUAAUGAAACUAAUAAACCAGCAACGCCUCAAUAUCGUACGAAAUCGGAAAAUAUUAAAACGCCAGAGAGUUUAGGUGAUGAUGCAAAAUACGAAUGGCUUGGAAACUUGGUUGUAUCACAACUAGGAGAAAUAUCAAAAAAAUAUCACACCGAAUUCGCUUGGGAUGUGCAAUGUUUGAUACGAAAAUAUAUUUUAAAAAGCAAGGCAGGCGAAGACGAAACAACGGCAUCAAGUACAUCUGCUACAACUUCGACUAAUAUGCAAGGAAAAACAAGUAUACCCCACGAUAUUGUUCUACCACGAUCAUCCAAUGUUUCAUUUAAUUUAAGUUUUCUCUAAAUGGUUCAUCAAUAUAUAAAAAAGCAAAGUAAAAUAUAUGGUAAAAGUCAAUCUAGGUACUUAAGAUUGUAAAAGGGGAUGUCAUUCGUCACAUAUUGUCUAAAUUUCAACUUCUUACUAUGAUGAAAACACUCAUUAAUACAUAUAUGUCGAUGACCAUAGAAAAAAACCUCUACAUUUUUAAAAAAAUAUAUGUAUACAAAAAAAAAUUAAUAAUAUUGGAAAUUCAAUAUAUUGAAAUAAAGACAAUUUUUUGGCCAAUAUAUUACGUUUGAUAUCCGCUUUCAAGUUGAUAUGUAGCAAUUAAAAGGUAUUUUAUAAAAUGUACAUGUAACAUACAUAUAUUUAUGUAAAUAUAUAAAAUGUUUAUAUCAUUGCUUUUAAAGGCCUAAGUCUUCUGACACUGAUACAUUGUAUGUAUAUGUUGCAGAACAUGCCGGAAACAUCAAGCUUAGGUCGAACACUUAAGAGAACUGACGUUUGAAGCUUAAAAUAAGAUUCUUGUUUAAAUAUUUCUUAAUGUAAUUGACCUCAAUGGCUAUUUUGUUACGGAAAUAAUAAAAUAAAUAAAUAUAUUUGGACAUUUUUUUCACAAAUAUU